CUACGGGUGAAAGUCGACGAAGGCACACAUGGCCCUGUCGUGGUUUAUGUGUGCCCAAAAACACAUCCAAAGACAGUUCAGAUUCGAUCCUAUGAGGUCAAGCCGCUCUCGUCUCACAAUCGAGUUCAUUCAUUUGAUAAUAGCCGACCAUUGAACACCUUGUCAUUUUCUGGAAAUUUCUCUUUGGCCGAGGCUCACUCAUGGUUGUCGAUGAUUGUGCCGGGAGUGCCGACAAAACCACCGCCAACCGACACGGUUACAGUCAAUUACCAGUCCACUUCCAAUGCUCCAACGCAGCUCCAGGCUAUCUAUUCGAAAGGAUCGAUUUCGUUCCGGUCUGACUCGAUAUCGACGAUAGCUAUUAUUCGCGAUAUUAUCAGUGAGGAUACUACAAAUCGACAGAUCAAAGUUCAGAUUUCAUGCGAUGUAAAUGAUGCUACUGUGGAUCACUGCUUAAAACUGAUGCACCCACGUAUGACACACUUGUUGAAUCUGGAGAGAAGAAAGCUCAUGGCGGCUGCAUUGAAGGUCAGUAUGAUUCUGAAUGAGGCAUCAUUUUGUCCAACUACUGAGAAACGAUGUUCUCUAUGA